UAGCGAGGCCACUAAAUAGUGCGGCGUCCCAGAUGUGCUAGUCUUGUAACGGGUUUGUCUCCUCUCACCUGGGUAGAAUGUCUGCUAAAGCCACCAUUAGUAAAGAAGUGUUUACCCCGCAGGAUGAGCGGAUGCUUGGGGCUGUCCUGCUGAAGAGGAGGACAAAAAAGAUUCCAUUCUUAGCAACAGGGGGUCAGGGAGAAUAUCGCACCUACAUCUGCCUAUCAGUUUCAAACAAGAGGCCUCCCCAGGUGUUCAUCACCAAGGUCAAACAAUUUGAGGGCUCUUCCAAUUUUGUAAGGAGGUCUCAAUGGUCUCUCGAGCAGCUGAGACAAGUCAACGGGAUAGAUCCAAAUCAGGAGACACCAGAGUUUGAUUUACAGUUUGAUAAUGCAUUAGAUCAAUGGGUGGCAAGUUUGGGCUCUGAGAAAUUCACCUUUUUCCAGAUCCUAAAUCAUACAUGUCAGAGGUACCUCCCUGAUGGAAAGCCUGAAUUUGUCAAUUCUCAAUCCCGGCUCUUUUCAGGAAACAGUAUUCUUCAUUCUGCAGCUGACAGUGUGACAAGUGCCGUACAGAAAGCCAGCCAAGCUUUAAAUGAGCGUGGGGAGAGGUUAGGAAGAACUGAGGAAAAAACUGCUGAUAUGAUGAACAGCGCCCAGCAGUUUGCCGAUACUGCACACAAGCUUGCAAUGAAACAUAAAUGCUGACCCAAUAAAAUGAAAAGGGAUUACUCCUUCUAUGGACUGUUUACCAAAAACACAGCACAAAGUUAUUACAAAUAUAACUUUUUAUUCUAAAUAAGAUUCUUAAAAAUGCCUCAUGGCUUAGGUGCUGAACCACUCAACAUUUCAAGGGGAGCCAAUUUCCAGUCAAUGUGAAGUUACCUCUCCUUGGG